UGGUGCUCUGGAUCACGACCAUCAUGUGAAACAAGGGUUGAACAUAGACUGUCGGGUACCGUCAGUACUUAUACUACCCUUUUAAAAGCUUUGCAAUGAACACCUACAUCUUCAGCUAUUAUUUAAUCCAAUUCUGUGGACAUUCCUGGAUAUUUACCAACAUGAUCAUCAGGUUCUUGUCUUUUGGGGAAGAUUCUGUUGCUGAUACUUUCUAUUCGAUUGGACUUGUGAUGCGUAUUUGCCAGUUGGUGUCUAUACUGGAGCUCUUUCAUCUUUGGCUUGGCAUUGAGGAGGGCCAAUUUCUUCCAAGGAUUUUACAGAUCACAGAAAGAAUUAUCAUCUUAUUUGUUGUGAUUGCCAGUCAAGAAGAAGUUCAAGGGAAAUACGUUGUGUGCCUCUUAUUUUUCCUUUGGAGCUUCAUUGAUGUGGUCAGGUACACUUACUGCAUGUUAGCAGCGGCAGGAAUAUAUUUUCAAGAACUGACAUGGCUCCAUUAUUCCCUAUGGAUUCCUUUGUAUCCUCUAUCAGUUUUGGCUCAAGCAUUUGCCAUAUAUCAGUCAUUGCCCCAUUUUGAAACCUAUGGCACUUACUCCAUCCAACUGCCCUUUCCAUCUGAUAUAUCUGUCUACUUUCCUUACAUUCUAAAAAUGUACAUGGCAAUACUGUUUGGAGGAACAUACUUCAUUGUCCAACACCUCUACAUGGAACGGAAAGCUCAUCUAGGAAGACGCAACAUCAAAGAAAAAAGAAGCUAGUUCAUAUUUCUCUGGAGGAAAAUUGGUUUGAGAUGUCCCACUAGUAAACACACAUCAUGAAAUCUAAUCAACGUACCAAGUGACAGUAAUUUCGAUGUCUCCAGCUUGAGGAAGCAUGCUGUGCCCUUCCUUGGCAGAGAGGUCCCUUCACACUAACUGUGUGAAUAAGUAUGCACACACAGCACAUAGAGGGACGUGGUGCAGAACUGCAAUUUUUUAAGGCACACUUUUUUUUUUAGCCUUUGGUUGUGGCAGACUUUAGAAAACAUGGAUGCAACUAUCUUGAUCCAAUUAAUUCCUUACAGGCAUAGACUCUUGCAAUGACUCCCCCGUUAUAUUUCAACUGGAAUGCGCAAGUGGCUCCCUCUAUUGAAGCCAAAGGAGAAGUUCAUGUUGUGCAGGAGGUUAAGUGUGUUCAUCGGGAGUUCCUAGUCUAUUACAUACACCACACCUGAGAAGUGUUUGAAGUCACUUAUGAAGUGCUUGCUGUUAAUAGUACUGCCACAAAACAAACUACUUAAACUUGUCUUACUGCUCCAGAAUAUAUAUUUUUGGCAAUAAAUGCAGCUGAAAAGCUAAA